AUGGCUCAGGAAACAAACUUAGAAACUUACAUUGUCUUUGUAAAUUUGCCUGAAAACCAAGUUAUUACACAAUCUGAAGACAUCAAAACUUGGUACCAGUCAUUCCUGCCAGAAACUAGGGCCAUGGUUCACACAUAUCACAAUGUGGUUGCUGGAUUUGCAGCAAAAUUAUCGCCUGAUGAAGUGCAAGAAAUGCAGAAGAAGGAUGGAUUUGCAUCGGCCCGGCCAGAGAAAAGGUUUUCUUUGCAUACAACUCAUACUCCUAACUUCUUGGGGUUGUAUCCGAAUUUAGGGUUUUGGGCUGGCUCAAACUAUGGUAAGGGUGUGAUUGUUGGAAUUUUGGAUACCGGGAUCACUCCUGGCCAUCCGUCGUUUGAUGACCAAGACGUACCACCUCCACCUGCUAAAUGGAAAGGGAAAUGUGAACUAAAUGGCACUGCGUGUAACAACAAGAUUAUAGGUGCAAGGAAUUUUGUAACUGGUACUCCUGGACCUCCUGUCGACGAAGAAGGGCAUGGCACUCAUACCGCUAGCACGGCUGCUGGAAACUUUGUUAAAAAUGCGAACGUGUUUGGUAAUGCCAAUGGUACAGCAGUCGGAAUGGCCCCUCUUGCUCACCUGGCUAUUUACAAGGUUUGUUCAACAGCCGGCUGUAUUGAGAGUGACAUACUGGCUGCAAUGGAUGCCGCAGUUGCUGAUGGAGUGGACGUGCUUUCUCUUUCUCUCGGUGGAUUAUCAGAUGAUUUUUUUGCCGAUGGCAUUGCAAUCGGUGCAUUUGGUGCAAUCCAGAAGGGUGUUUUUGUGAGUUGUUCAGCAGGCAAUUCAGGUCCAUUCAAUACUACAUUGUCAAACGAAGCCCCAUGGAUUCUCACAGUAGGUGCUAGCACAAUUGAUAGAAACAUAAGAGCAACAGCAGUGUUAGGAGACGAGGAAGAAUUUGAUGGGGAGUCUCUUUUCCAGCCUAGUGAUUUUCCUCCUAUCUUCUUGCCACUAGUUUACCCUGGAAGCAAUGGGAAUGAAACUUUGGCAUUCUGCGGCCCGGGAUCAUUGAGCAACACUGAUGUGAAAGGGAAGGUAGUAUUAUGUGAUAGAGGAGGUGACAUAGCAAGAAUUGCGAAAGGACAAGAAGUGAAGGAUGCUGGUGGCUUGGCCAUGAUUCUCACGAACCAGGAGCCCGAUGGCUAUAGUACGAUAGCUGAUCCUCACGUACUUCCGGCAACACACGUUAGCUAUGCUGCCGGAGAAAAAAUCAAAGCCUACAUAAACUCAACCUCAACUCCAUCAGCAACAAUUUCCUUCGAAGGAACCAUCAUAGGCAUAAAAAAUGCGCCAACAGUCACAUCAUUUUCCUCGAGGGGCCCGAGCUUCGCCAGUCCUGGUAUCCUUAAACCCGACAUCAUUGGCCCCGGUGUCAGCAUUCUUGCAGCAUGGCCUGUCUCUGUCGACAACAACACCUUCGAAAAAUCAGCAACUUUCAACAUGAUUUCCGGAACAUCAAUGUCAUGCCCUCACCUUGGAGGCAUUUCGGCCUUGCUCAAAAGUUCACACCCCGAUUGGUCUCCGGCUGCCAUCAAGUCUGCAAUCAUGACUUCCGCCACUCAGGCUAACCUAGCCGGUGGCCUGAUUCUUGACGAAAGAAACCUACCAGCCGACGUAUUCGCAACUGGUGCAGGCCACGUAAAUCCAUCAAAAGCAAAUGAUCCCGGCCUCAUUUACGACCUCCAACCUGAUGAUUAUAUCCCAUAUCUCUGUGGUUUAGGGUACACAGACAACCAGAUCAUAACCAUUGUGCAACAUCCUGUUAACUGUUCCAAUAUAUUCAGCAUUCCUGAAGCACAACUGAAUUAUCCCUCAUUUUCGAUCCAACUUGGGGCUAGUACUCAAACUUAUACAAGAACAGUGACAAAUGUAGGAGAGGCAAAUUCAACUUAUAAUCUUAAUAUUGAGAUUAUCCCAGGAGUUAAUGUUGCUGUCGAGCCCUUACAGCUUAGUUUCACAGAAGUCAACCAAAAGAUGACAUAUCAGAUAAGUUUUAGCAAAUUAGCCACUGUCAAUGCCGGUUUCGUUCAAGGAGCUGUAAGCUGGGCUUCCAACAAACGUGUCGUUAGAAGCCCGAUUUCUGUUAAAUUUGUGUAA